GCACGACUCUUUCCACUUUCACACUUUCGCACUUUCGCUACUAAACCAAACAUCCAUCAAAAUGAAGUUCGCCAUCACCGCACUUUUUGCCGGCCUUGCCGUUGCCGAGAACGUCACCAUCUCCAACUUCCUCUACGUCGGUGUCAGCGGCUACGACCAGAUCUCUUUCAGCCUAUCCGUGGACGACAUCAACUGCGGCGCUGACCACUACGUGAUUGGUGGUAUGUACGCCUGCGACAACAAGGCGUGGACCUUCCAGAUCAACGAGGCACAAGGCCACCAAAUCAAGUUGCUACACGCUGUCAACGGCAAAACUCUUUCCGGCGACUUCGACAUCAAGAUGAACGGUCCUAUCACAACUGUGAGACAGCAGAUUGGUACUUCCACAGCCGAAUUGAACUAGAGCGCGGUUUUCUUAUUGGGAUAGAAAGCGAGGAUUAGAGCAAUCCUCGAGGUACAACUGGAUGGUGGUGAUACAUCGCCGGUGACAUGAAUAGACUUACGAUGCUCACACAAAUAAUGAUAAAUUGAAAUAUAUCACAAAAAUGCGAAUUCCAA